GAGAACGAGAGACAUGGCGGCCAACAAAUUUGCAACAAUUCUUCAUAGGAACACCCACUGGCUCAUCUUCCUUCUAAUAUACAUAGUUCUGGAAUGGAUCUUAAUCAUUCUCAUUCUCCUCAAUGCUGUCCUCUCCUACAUGAUCUCAAAGUUUGCGUCUUUCUUCGGUUUGAAGCCCCCUUGCAUCUUUUGCUCGAGGAUCGAUCAUAUUUUCGAGCCGGGAAGGUCUCCGAGCUCCUGCAGCGAUUUGCUCUGCGAGUCUCAUGCCGGAGAAGUAUCAAAGCUUGGGUUUUGCUCCAACCAUCGCCGGCUGGCGGAUGCCGGAGAUAUGUGCGAGGACUGCGCUGCCUCCAAGCCCGGCGAGACGGAUCGGGGCGUUGCUUUGCUUUCAUGGAUGAAAAGAAGCGAGCAGGGAGAGAAGGAUCUGCGAUGUUCUUGCUGUGGCGUGGCUUUGGAGAGCGGCUUCUAUUCUCCCUAUUUGCUUUUCAUGGCCGAUUCUUGGGAUGUUUUGGAGUUCGCUCCGACAGAAAAAUCGGAGAAAGGAGAGGGCUUCGGAUUGAAGAAGAUGGUGCAGGGUAAAGAACUGAAAGAUAAAGAGGCGGAAGAAGAAGAAGGAAAAGGUGAGGCCUUUCUUCCUUCUCCUCCUGUUGUAGUGGAGGAUGCAUUAGUGGAUAUCAUCUCCCCUGGUGCGGACAAGAUGGUUGUUUUGGAUCGGAUUCAUCCUGUUGAAUUGAUCGAUUCCUCCACAAUGCCGGUUCCAGCUUCUGAAAAGCAGGAAAUUGAACAGCAUUCGUACGUUCUUGUUCCGACCGAGGAGCCCUGCGAUGAUUUCUCAACGCAUGCCAAAACUGCCGAGGUGCUAGAAUUCAAAGUUCAACAAGUUUCUGAAGAUGGAAAAGGAAAUGAUGAAGCUAACUGCGAAAUAUCCAUAGGAAGUGAGAUUUGUGAUCAGGAACAGAUCGAGCCCACCCAAUUUUCUAAAAUUGUCUCUCUAACUGCCGCAAUUGAUCAUCAAAAUCUGAAUGUAUUGAAUGAAACAACCCCUAACGAAUCAGUAACUGAAACUGAGCCAUCAGAACAAACUUCUCAGCGAACAAGACACCUAAAAAUCUGUCCAGUUCUUAAUGAAAUUGAGGAGGAGAGAAUAAUGCCUGAAACACCUACAACUCCUAAUUACUUAGACAACAAUUUUCAUUUUCUGCACAAGAGGUUUCUGCUAGAAAGGAGAGAAUCUGGAACCGAGUCUCUAGAUGGAAGCAUUGCCAGUGACACAGACAAUCUUGAGCCAGCGACCAUAGAUCGUCUCAAAACAGCUUUAAAAUCGGAACGAAAAGCUCUCAUUGCGUUAUAUGCUGAACUAGAAGAAGAAAGGAGUGCUUCUGCUAUAGCUACCAACCAAACCAUGGCAAUGAUAACCAGGCUCCAAGAGGAGAAGGCCGCUAUGCAGAUGGAAGCACUACAAUAUCAGAGGAUGAUGGAGGAGCAAGCGGAGUAUGAUCAGGAGGCAUUGCAGCUCCUCAAUGAGCUAAUGAUGAAAAGGGAGAAGGAGAAGCAGGAGCUGAAGAAGGAACUCGAGGUCUGUCAGCAUAAGGUUCGUGUUUACGCGGCAAUUGAGCGUAGGAAAAUGGCUAAGGGAAGCAGGAGUGGAACUUCUUCCAGCGCUGAAGAGAGCGAUGAAAUCUCAGUUGAGUCUCAGAAAGGUAACCAGAAUUCCAUGGAAGAUGAUGAUGAUGCCAAGAAUCUCAUUACUCUGGAUGAGUCCUUGGCUGAAUUUGAGGAGGAGAGGCUUGCCAUCCUUGAGCAGCUAAAGGCUUUGGAGGAGAAGCUUUUCACAAUGGAUGAUGAGCAUGAUUCUUUCAAUUCAAAACAUAUGAAGCAAUUACAGAUUGAAAAUGGCCAUGGGAUCAUCAAUGGAGUCUAUGAAUUUGGUUCUGUGAAUGGUUCUUUAGAUUCAUUUGAUAUGAAUGGAAUUUUUGAUAUCGAUCAAAAGAGUGCGUGGAUCGGAGGGAAGAGGCUGAACCCCCUCUUUGAUGCCAUUGGCUUUGAAAAUGAAGAUAAGCUUUGUAUCAACCACAAGCAGCUGGCUAUAGCUGAGGAGGUUGAUCAUGUUUAUGAGAGACUGCAGGCUCUUGAAGCAGACCGCGAAUUUCUAAAGCAUUGUUUGUCUUCCUUAAAGAAAGGAGAAAGAGGGACAGAUCUCCUUCAAGAAAUUCUUCAUCAUCUUCGUGAUUUAAGAACUGUGGAGCUUUGUUCAAGGCAUAUUGAUAUCUGAUUUGGAUUCCUUGUACUGUUUAGUAGUUUGAGUUAAGCAUAAGCUGUUGCUCAGCUUGUGUUUUUGUAAAGUUUAAAGCUGUUUUUUUUUUUUUUUUUUUUUUUUUUUUUUUUUUUUGGUGAGGAAAAAGGAGAAGAGGAAGCAGACACAGCAACGUGAAGGAAAGGAGGCUCCUUGCGCAGCUCCAUGCUUUGCUUUUCUUGUUUUGUUUAAUGGAAGCUUGGUCCCAUCACCAACGUUCAUGGAGGAAUGUGUGGUGGAUGAUCAGGCCGUGAAGGGUGGCAAGUGGGUCACUUGAAUGAUGUGGCUGUGGAGGCAAUCAUGGCUUGCAAAGCUGGCCAUGAAGCCAUGUUUCCUCUUGAAAGUUACAGGAAUAUGUUGGUUGGGUGGAGUUUCUUUA